GUAUAUCCAAAUCCGAAAACGCACAGUUCUGUAUGCCAGUAAAAUAAUCUUCCGUCGUUUCAUUUGGCCAUAUCGCGAUGUCCGAUAACACCGAAGAGACUAACGUGGCACUAGAGCGACAACAAGAAGAACAACCCCCAACAAUGGCCGACACCGAACCCCAAACACACCACCACGAAGAGCCCAAAAAACCAGAGAAAAUGGCCAACAUAUCCUUCAGCAUUUGGCCUCCGUCGCAGCGCACUCGCGACGCCGUCGUCAACCGCCUCAUCGAAACCCUCUCCACGCCUUCCGUCCUCUCCAAGCGCUACGGAUCCAUGUCCCACGACGACGCCGACGCCACCGCCCACCGCAUCGAGGACGAGGCCUUUGGCGCCGCCUCCGCUUCCGCCUCCGCCGAUGACGACGGCAUCGAGAUCCUCCAGAUCUACUCCAAAGAGAUCAGCAAACGCAUGCUCGACGCCGUCAAGUCCAGAUCCGCCUCCGGAUCUGCACCCAACGGCACCCCCGCCGUCGACCCCACUCCCACCGCCAGUGAGGAAAUCUCAUCCGCUGUCGAUCCCACUCCCACCACCAGUGAGGAAAUCUCAUCCGUUGAAACUGAGUAGUGUUUUAUUUCUGUUAUGUUGGGGGUUUCGAUGCUAUUUUCCUCUAUUGAGAUCUCUUUUGUACUCUUUUAUGGAUUUUGGAUUGCAUCGUCUUUAAUUUUCUUCAUGUCUGCGAUUUUUUUUUUUUUUUUGUUUUGAUGUUGGGGAGGUGCUCCACACAUUAGGAUCCCUCCCAACUUAGCUCGUAUAAAUAGAUAUGUCUUAUGUUUAUUUUGAAGCAAUGAACACCGUAGGUGUUCGCUCUUGCAUUCUCUCUUAUGUUUCGAAUUAGAAAACAUUACAUUGAAGAAUGAUUUUAGAAUUGAAAAUUUCUCACC